AUGCGCUACUCGACAAGUUCGAACGCAGGUGACAACGGAACAGUUGUCGCUGGUGGAAAUGGAGCAGGAAACACUAGCACAUCAUUAAACCAUCCUUGGGGUAUUUGGUAUCAGCCAUCUGUAAGUAGUGAUUUAUUUAUCACAAAUCAUGAUGGACAUUCAAUAAUGCGUUGGACACCGGGUGCUACUUCAGGUACUUUCAUUGCCGGUACGCCAGGUAAAGCAGGCUCUAACUCUACUCUUUUAAAGAAUCCGAUGGGUAUUAAACUUGACAAUUAUCUAAAUAUGUUCGUUGUUGAUUACAGUAACCAUAGAAUUCAAAUUUUUUGUGCCAAUAAUGAAGCAGGUAUGACCAUUGCUGGAACUGGUGUUUCUGGUAAUACUACAACGACAUUAAAUGGACCAAGAGGUAUUGCAUUUGACUCAGACAUGAACAUGUAUAUUACUGAUUUUGGUAACAUGCGUGUGCAAAAAUUUCUGAAGCUAUAG